GCGGCCCUGGAAGCACUCCUCAUCGAAGACAAUGAUCUGUGGACGAAAUAACGGCAUGUGAAAGCGGCAAAAAUGUACCAAAGAAGAAAAGAAAUCAACUCAGAGGGUAAUUUAAGAUGUUUAAUCGGAAAAGCAGAGAUUGUUAAAUGCAACAAAGUGGUAGAAAAAGUCACAGUUACAUUUACAGUUCUCACAUCUCUGCCUGAACAACGAUGGCAGCUCUGCCCUAAAAAGUUGCUCAUAAAUUGUGCUCCUCUCAAGUUUUAUGAAAAUGUCAGAGUCAUUUCUGUCGAGACAGCUGAUCACGUCUCAGAGAUAAUAAACUUUUAGUUUUAAAGGUCUUCCAGUGAGAUGAUGUAUCUGUGUUUCUGUCUGCAGACUCACCUUCCAGUGGCCGGAGAACUUGGUGCAAUGGUGAGUCAUCUUGUCUGGGAGAAAAAAAAAGACCGCAAAUUGGUUGAAAUAAGACCUUCAGAGCAGACAUUACCAAAACAAGAAGAUGGCUGGGACUUAAUGGUCUGAGAGGUAAGCUGGUUAAAAGUUCAGGUCUGAUACACAAUAAUUUUUAGAUUGAAGAAUUCACAGAAAGGUGACUAAAGUGAAAUAUUGACUGAGAUUUUCUGAUUUCACUCUGAGAACGCCGGAGCUGCAGAGCUUUAAUCACGCCCUACUUUUGUGCUACAAAGUGCAAGUAAUCAGUAUGUAAACCGGCCUGUGCAGCAGCAGCAGCAGCAGCAGCAGCAGCGUCUCUUGUAGCGGGUUAAAAGCACCGUAAUAGCUCUGCGACUAGAAUGAUCCUGAAUGAAAGGUUUCCGGUCAGAAAGCACCAGAGUCUAUUUAUAAUCACGGCACGAAAAAGAAGAGGGGCCGAAAUGCCAGAGGCGUCAGACUUCUGUCCUCCACCCCUUCUAUCUGUUCAUCUUAUUUCUGGCCAUUUUCUCCGCCUCUGUUUAUCUCUCCCACCGGGUUCAGUGGUGGCCUUUGGGCUCCUGUGUUGGGGGUUAUUUUUGUGUGUGGGUACCUGACUCUGAUAGCUGCCCUGCCUGAGCUGUGCCGGGUGAGGGACAGGGACUCACCUUGCUUUGAUGCCCUUCGGUCGUCCUGCCGUGAGAGUGAGAGGCGCCACGCGCCCCCACCCUUUUAAAGCCUCCCCUGGCAGGGGGCCAUGCUGAAAGCCCCGGCUCAGCAGCAAGGGAGGGGCCUUUUUCUCUUUGUCCCCCCCGACAAAAGCAUGCUUAAUCUGUGCAGGGGCAGAAGUGCAGACGCCACAUUAUCACCCAGAGCAGUGGACAUGGACACAGGGGAGUAAAGAGAGACAAGAUAGAGCAGAAGUUUAGGAGAAAGUACAGACGAGGACGUGAGUGAGAGCGGGCUAGGAUGAGAACGGUCUUGGCUUUAAAUCUGAACACACAAAUCGUUACAUCGUCUUUACAGUCACCUGCACAUCAGACUUUUAAAAAAUCUGUUUUCUUUUUCCUUAAAGCUACUGUGAGAGAUUUUCCAACCAGCGAUGAAACUCACCAAAGUUUACAAACAUGUCUUUUUACAACCCACAAAAACAAACUAAACCACCAACAAGAUCAGACAACUUUGAUGAUUUUAAAUACCUGUCCCAGCCCUAGACUGUAUAUACUAUGGACAACUUGGCUCUGCCUCCCGCCAGUAUACAGAUUCAAAGCCAAAAAGCUCUCGGUAUUUCCGCAAUUUUUCUUAAUUUCCUGAAACCAACAUUGUGCAGUAGCAUUGUACGCAUUCGGUAGGAGAGUCGCUGAGAGUCGCUGUGAUGACGCUCGGCUCAAACAGCAUAUCCCCCAGGUGAGCUAUGCAAUCCCUGAACGCCCAUAGGCUGUAUCAGGUGUCAAUCAUAGAAAACAUGAACCCCCUAAUAACUUUUAAAAAAGGAGCUGCACAGAAAAAAGAGGACUUGAGCACAAACCAGUCUGAUAGUAACGACAUGUCAACAUCGCAACCAGGGGGGAAAGAAUGUUAUCUUCCGAGUCAUUAAUUUAAAAAUUUUGUCCACAGCUUCAUAAGCUUUGCUGGAGGAGGCGGGAUUUAUGACCUAAACUGCAGCCCGUCACCAGAGGGUGCUGUCCUUGGAGUGGCUUCACCCAGCGAGGAGGCAGACGACAUCCAUUCUAUAUACAGUCUAGAUGGUCCUGACUGUGAGGGGGGAGGAGUAACACUCUGAAAUACAAACUGUUUAACUUUGUCCUCAAGAAGUGAUGUCUGACUGAAAGCAGGAUAAAGAGAUUUGUCAGAAAAUGUCACGGUCAAAAAGAAAAGAGGUGUCACUUUCCACAGGGGGCGCUGAAGUCAACAUAAACCCCAAGUUUCUCACAGGAGCUUUUAAACGUACAAAACUAUUAAAACGAGCCAUUUAAGUAUCUCAUGAUGUAGUCAAAUAAUAUUACCAUCAUCAGCUGUUUGAUGAAGAAUCCAAAUAGUGUAGGAAAUUUAACUUGAAUAUUAAACUAUCAAAAAAUCAGACUAUCAGACUCCUGGAUUCCUAAUUGGACAAUUGGUCAGUAAAGGGACAAUUUUGAGCUCAAGUUUGUCCCUGUCAUAAAAAACGGAAGUAGUGUUCAGACCGAAGAUCAUUUAUUUCCACAUUUUAGAGUUUAAAUGGCAAGAAGGCACAAAAAAUAUGAACGCUUCAUAAAUUUUAUUUGUUGUAAUGGCUGCAAGUUGACCUCGAAGAUCUUGUCUUUGCCUGACAAGCUCAGAUUGUUUCUCCGAGUGUCCGACAAGGUUACAGAAACGUGCCUGACAGUCAAGGACCUUGUUUAGGAGUAGGCCUGUCGCGAUAAUCAAUAAAUCGCCUUAUCGCUCGAUAAAUAAAAACGAGGUCGAUAACUUUGCCAGCCUCGAUAAUUGACGUGCGUUUGUUUUCCUCCUCUCUCGCUACCAAACACGCUGGAUGAGAGAAGAGGUCUCACUCUGCGCAUUGUUCUCGGCACCUGGGGGCGUUGGCUCUAUAGCGGAAUGAACGGAGUUAGUGAACCCUCCUGUCAGUCAUUCAGUGUCUUUGUCACGAGGGGGCUGGCGCGCACAGGCACACAGACACAGACUUUUUGGAUACAGUGCUGCAAGUGAGCGUCGUGAGUGAAAAGCAAGCAAACAGAAUGAACACGACAGCUUUGGUGUCUAAACCGAACGCAGCAGCCCAAGUGUGGGAAUAUUUCGGCUUUAAACCAGUUUUGUUUUCGUCAACCACAAAACUCCACGUGUGUGUGUGCGCGCGUGCGCGUCUGUGUGUUGGAGGAGCACAGCAGGCUGAUGAGAGCUGUCAGAGCGGACUGAAGCUGCUCUUAUAUGUUUAGCGUUUAACUGACUGAGUUUUGCAACUCUGUUCGUCAUUUUCGUCUCGUCCCAUCAACGUAAACGCACUUUCGUCUCGUCACAUUUUAGUCAUCUCCGACUUAUGUUUAGCUCGUCAACGUUACGUAUUCGUUCUGGGAGAAAAGGGAAAUAUUUUAAUCAACGAAAACAACCAGUGUUGUUCUCGUGUGGAAAUUAAAGUUUAUCACUUUUGACAUGGUGUACUCGCAUUAUUAUGCCAUAUAAUAUCAUUAUCUAUAAUUUAAAAAAUGGUGUCAAUAAUAUCGUUAAUCAGCGAUUAUUUGUAGCACAAUUAUCGUCCAGCAAAAUUUGUUAUCGUGACAGGCCUAUUUAGGAGUGAAACCAAUUUUCUCCACCAGAAGAACAGGGCCAUAAAUCAGCCUGUGAUGAGCCUCUGGACUCCACCGACAAAAGGAGCAACUGAGCUCUGCGGGAUGUGGGAGUUGCUGGUCUACCUCUGCACCAGUCCCCUGCUUUUAUUCAUGUUAUAGUAUGAUUUAGAUUGUUGAAUCGGGAAGUUUAAAUUUGGAAAUAUUAAUAAACGGUAACACAAUCUUCUUCUCAUAAGCUGCUAAAAGAAAUGAGACCAUACAUGAAAAGAUAUAAUAUUUCUGUUUUAUUGGUUUUAAAGUCUGUUUUAAGCUCACGAGGCAAUCAACUGCACUCGGUCAAAACAGCAACUGUUAAAUUGGUACAUUUAAAGAUAGUCGGACAAGGUGUUCCAUCAGUAAACACAACUUACCCAGGACAAGGCAAAAACAGCAGGGAUGGAAAGUUCAAACAUUUUGGCCGCAUAUGGUAAGUAAAGAUAUAAGAAGUGCCAGUCUGUCCACAGGGGGCGCCAACAUCAACACAAACCUAAAGUUGAACUCCUUUUUCCACCAAGGUCAUGAUAAUGUGAUAGUCAGUUUUCAAAUAACAAAAGCCCAUUUAUGUAGAGAUCCUCAGCAACAACAAGCCUAAACUUGACAGAGACACAAACAGGAACUUCCAGUACUUUCACCUGUAUGACGUUUCCAUAUAUUCACAUUUUCAAAGCAGAAAAAGAAACAGAUUGAGUGAUGCAUCUGACAUAUUUGAAAAACGUUUCAUUGUGAAGAUUAUGAACUAGGAGAGAAACAAUUUAAAAACAUAUCUGAGAUUUGAUGGAGAAACUCUCUUUGUUGACGCUCCCUUGACUGAGUCUGUGACACACUGGCUGCCACAUAGUUUUGUAACACAGAGAAGAGUUAAAGUGGAGUGAUGGAGCAAAGAUUUCUGCUUGAUUUAAAGAUCAUCACAGAGAGGUGUUUUAUUGUCUUUAGAGUUUAAAUUAAAAUUAUACAUAUUCCUGUUUUUUACAUUUAAAAAGAUAACGCUCCUCAAUUCAACCACAGACAGUCUCGUCUUUUGCUGUAGGCCAGCACUCCUGUGUGUUUGUGUGUGUGUGUGUGUGUGUGUGUGUGUGUGUGUGUGUGUGUGUGUGUGUGUGUGUGUGUGUGUGGCUGCUUACAUAACCAACCACUCGUCAACAACAGAGCAAAGGCACUGAAUGCGAAUCACGACUUUCUAAACAACAGCUUUAUUUCCUCUGAGCCAAAAGGUAUUCAUGCACAGGAUCUGAAUUUCAGCCACUGUCAUGAGAUCAUUUCUAAAUAAUUGAACUGACUCUGAUUACUGUUUAAAAAAUAACUUUACUGUAUAUGAGGCAGAUAUUAAUUUAGAAUGAUCAGAGGGUUAGCAGUGAAUCAAAACAGCUCAACAGGUGUAUUUUCUCAUUAUCUGUGUCAGCUAUAAAAAAAAAAUGAUAUCCUUCCACUCGGAAAUGUUGGGAUCACUCCUGGAAAUUUAAAAUAAAGGACAUAGGCUCACAGACAUGACUAUUUAUCUGCUAACCAUACUGCUGUGAACUAUAGUAUGAUAAUCGUAUAUAAACACGAGUUUAAUUUAUAUUGACGGUGAUUAGGAUAUAUUUCUAAAACCUUUAAGUAUGACAUCUUUACAAUAUCAUGUGGCGCCAACAUCACCACAAACCAUCUUAGCCACAGAAAAGGAAGAAUCAACUCUACAGUGCAUCAGGAAAGUAUUCAUACCACUUCACUUUUUCCACAUUUUGUUAUGUUACAGCCUUAUUCCAAAAUGGAUUAAAUUCCCUUUUUCCCUCAAAAAUUCUACACAAAAUACCCCAUAAUGACAAAUCGAAAAACUUUUAAAACAUUUUGCAAGUUUAUUAAAAAUAAGACACUCGAAUGUUGCAUAUACAUAAGUAUUCACACCCUUUACUCAAUACUUGGUUGAAGCACCUUUGGCAGCGAUUACAGCCUCCAGUCUUCUUGUGUAUGAUGCAACAAGCUUGGCACACCUGGAUUUGGGGAUUUUCCCCACUCUUACUUGCACAUCCUCUCAAGCUCAGUGAGGUUGGAUGGGCAGCAUCGGCGCACAGCUACUUUCAGGUCUUUCCAAAGAUGUUCAAUUGGGUUCAAGUCUGGGCUCUGGCUGGGUCACUCAAGGACAUUCAGAGACUUGUCCUGAAGCCACUUCUUUGUCUUCUUGGCCGUGUGCUUAGGGUCAUUGUCAUGCUGGAAGAUGAAGUGUCACCCCAGUCAAAGGUCUCGAGCGCUCUGGAGCAGGUUUUCAUCAAGGAUUUCGAUGUACUUAGCUGCAUUAAUUUUUCCCUCGAUCCUGACAAGUCUCCCAGUUCCUGCCGCUGAAAAACAUCCCUACAGCAUGAUGCUGCCACCACCAUGUUUCACCGUAGGGAUGGUAUUGGCGAGGUGGUGCGCAGUGCCGCUUGGCAUUCAGGCCAAAGAGUUCGAUCUUUGUUUCAUCAGACCAGAGAAUUUCAUUUCUCCUGGUCUGUGAGUCCUUCAGGUGCCUUCUAGCAAAAUCCAAGCGGGCUGUCAUGUGCUUUUUCUGUCUGGCCACUCUACCAUAAAUGCCUGACUGGUGGAGUGCUGCAGAGAUGGUGGUCCUUCUAUAGGGUUCUCCCAUCUCCUCAGAGGAACGCUGGAGCUCUGUCAGAGUGACCAUCGGGUUCUAGGUCACCUCCCUGACCAAGGCCCCUCUCCCCUGCUUGCUCAUUUUGGCUGGGCGGCCAGCUCUAGGAAGAGUCCUGGUGGUUCCAAACAUCUUCCAUUUCUUAAUGAUGGAGACCACUGUGCUUUUUAGGAUCUUCAAUGCAGCAACCUUCCCCAGAUCUGUGCGCUGAUACAACCCUGUUUCGGAGGUCUACAGACAGUUCUUUCAACUUCAUGGCUUGGUUUGUGCUCUGACGUGCUCUGUCAGCUGUGGGAUCUUAUAUAGACAGGUGUGGAUUUCCAAAUCAUGUCCAAUCAGCUGAAUUUGCCACAGGUGGACUGCAAUCAAGUUGGAGGAACAUUUCAAGGCUGAUCAGUGGAAACAGGAUGCACCUGAGCUCAAUUUUGAGUUUUAUAGCAAAGGGUGUGAAUACUUAUGUAUAUGCAACAUUCGAGUGUCUUAUUUUUAAUAAAUUUGCAAAAUGUUCAAAGAAAAGUUUUUGGCUUUGUCAUUAUGGGGUAUUUUGUGUAGAAUUUUUGAGGGAAAAAAGGAAUUUAAUCCAUUUUGGAAUAAGGCUGUAACAUAACAAAAUGUGGAAAAAGUGAAGUGGUAUGAAUACUUUCCAGAUGCACUGUAUAUAAAACCAUACAUACAUUUAUACAAGCUUACAGCCCAAAGUGCUUCACAAAAGAAACUAAAGCAAUAAUUAAGGCAGGGCUCAACAGUACGACCGUUUCCUUUGCAUUUGACUAAAAAUAGAUGUGUGCGAAUUGUAAAAUGUAUUUAGGGGCACAUGUGCACAAUAAAAAAAUCAGCUGAGGUAACAAAUGAUUUUUCAUGUAAAUACCGCAGUGAAGUUAGUUUUAGGUUUGACAUUCGACGGACAUUCACCGCAGAUCUACCAGUGUCUUCUCACUCUCCAUAACCAGGAAUAACAACAGCAGCGUGGUUAAAUCUACUUGACAUCCUCGCUGUUAACGUUGGGUGUUGAAUAAGGGACCAUCAAUAAAUUAGAAUGAUGUUCUAGUUGAUGUUCUCAUAAAAAGCUGUUUUCCUUUCAUGUCACGUGACCAAUUGACCUUAAAUUGAUUUCAAAUAAUAGUAUUAAGGUCGGACAAUAAGACACACCUCUUCAUUUCCCUAAUAUGUCCUCUUAAAAAUUUAUGUGUUAAAUUUAAAGGCAAAUUUUGAAAAAAAAAUUCAAGGGCUUCCAUGUCAUGUGACCAAUUGACCUAAAAUUGAUUUCAAAUAAUAGUAAGAAGGUCAGACGAUAAGACAAACAUUAUUGGAUCAAUUUCAUUGUGCCCCUAAAGUUCUUUGUGUGCUCCUUACUUUUUCAACUUAGGAGAACAUGUGCCCCUUGUGAAAAAAGUUAGUGUCAAGCCCUGAUUAAGGCAUAUAAAAAUGAAGUCAUUUCAGUAAAACCAAUUGAACCUGUCAGGAUAGGAAGCAAAAUUCGAAUCAGUAAAGAUCAUAUAGAUUCGAGAAAAAGUGAAUAGAUGGGCUUAUUUAGAGAAAUAGAUAAUAAAACUGAAUUAACAGUCAGAUGAAAAAGGUGGGUCUUUAAUCCUCAGAGAGUCUGUAAGGGUUCUAGUUUCCAUAACCACCCAUUCACUAUUUGUAUUUGUAUUUCUAUUUAUUUAUUUAGCACAGAUUAACAACAGUGCAAGAAGGGAACAAAGCCGAUAGGCUUAUACAAAGUUCCACUCCCAUCAGGGCAGAGAAGGCAUAAGGUGCAGACAACAAAGUAACUAAGACAUAGAGGUUACAAAUAUACAAUGAUUAGGGAAAGGUCAAACAGAUACAAAUUGCCAUAAAUGGAACACAGACUAAUCAUCAAACUGUGAUAAAGACAAUGUAAGUAUUCAUAGAAAGGAAAGAAACAUGAUCAUAACAAAUAAUGAUGUAUUUAAGACAUGAUCAGAUGAGAUUUUAAUUCUAUUUUAAAGGAGUUGAGGGAUGUUAUUGAUUUUAGAGAUGCAUCCAGAUUAUUCCAUAGUUUCGGACCUCUAAAAGUGUUGUUAGACUGAUGACUACAAGUUCGACAGGAAGGUAACUGAAGAUGGCCAUCUGUAUACUCACCUAGUUUUGUUAGUAACAGCAGGAGAAACAGUGGUAACAGUCUCCAGCUUUAGGGCUGCUGACCCGAAACUGCACAAACCACUUCACCACCUUGGCAUCAAACAGUCAUGAUAAAAACACUUAAAAGUAGGUAAGAGUAGGUUAGGAAGUAAGAGCCUACAAGCAUACAUAUAUAUUCUUACAUGUGUACAUGGCGUUAAAGGGAUAUUGUGUUUAUUUAAUUUGGUGAGUUUUUGCCUUUAUUGACAGGACAGGUUGGAAGUAUGAGGAGAUAGAGAGAAAGGGGGGGAGGACAUGCAGCACAUGGUCAGGGCUGGACCCAAACCUGCGACCAGUGUGGGUACUGUUGGCUCCAUAAGUGGGGCAUGCUAACCCGCUUUGCCAUCUGCGUGCUCCCUGGGGUUUUGUGGUUUUAUUGGUGAAAUGAAAAAUGAAGCCAAACAGAGUGAGUAUAGAUCUGUGAGGGCACUUAAUUUCUUUAAAAAUACUUUAAUAAAAUUUUAAGGGACUAAAUAUAAUUUAACAUGUGAAUGUUUCCAGUUAGUUCAUUGUAGCGGUGUUAGCUUAAAGGUUAUUUUCAUCUGCAGUUACUAUUAAAAACAAACUUUAUUUUACAUAUAUCCUUGGCAUACAUUUGAAGAUCUAUCCUAUGACACUGUUGUUGGAGGUCAUUACUGUAAAGGGGGAAUAAAAGGGGGCCUAACACAGAACCUUGAGGAACACCCAUUUACAUUUUUUACACUGUUGUGAAAAAUGAUGAAGAAGGAUCAUUUUAAUUAUUUUUUAACACACAUAUUUGUAUUUAUUCUUACCUACAUACAUGAUUUUAAAGUCUCUGUUUUAUUCAUAUUUUAGUUUUUUUUUUAAAAUCAUUUUUAGGACCCCCAGUGUUUCCUCUGGUGAAGCUCUCUGCACCAGGAGCGAUGGUCGGCUGUGGUUGCAGGGUCCUGUCUCAUGGUUCCUGGUGGAGGUGGGUGUCUGCUACACCUCUCCUCUUGGUCCUUUGUUGGUGUCCUGUGGCUGUGGGCGGCUCUCUGAUCCUCUGAUGGUGCUUCCUCAACUAGUUCAACGUACUCUCUCUCUCUCUCUCUCUCUCUCUCUGUGUGUGUGUGUGUGUGUGUGUGUGUGUGUGUGUGUGUGUGUGUGUGUGUGUGAGACUGUUAAAUCAGUCGUAUGGUUGUGGAGGAAGGGCAUGUGGGAUUGUUUUUAAUCAACUGUGAAGCACUUUGUUUUACAUAAUUUGUAUGAAAAGUGCUUUAUAAAUAAAGUUUUUUUUAAUGAUUAGGUCUGAUGAUUGUAUGAAUUUUCGUAUUGAUAAAUUUAAACAGACCAAUGGGCUUUGAGUGGAGAACCACAGACAGACAUUCAUAGAGACAUGGAUGAGAAUGUUUUACUAGAUUUACUGCUCAUAACAAAUAUUUUCAAUUUUAUCCAAAAUCAAAGUGAACUUUUGUUUUAACCAGAACUUUUGUCCAAGUUACCGAAAGUUAUUUUAUUCAGUGGUGAAACUUUUUUUGUGUGUGUAUUUUUGUGCUUCUGUCUGACAUGAGAGUUUUUGGACACUAUCCGCUCAGACACUUUUCAGACUCGGCCAAAAACACACUGAGGUCUGAAACCCAGCCUCUAACAGGACCACACAGAUUACAGCACAGGAUUAGUCCACACCUAAUCUGCAGAUAUCAAACACUGUUUAAUCCUGCUUCCAUGGUGGAAAUGAUCCAGGCUGAGGUGACAUAAUCCUGACACUUAAUCCCGCUGUAAUCCCAGAAUUAUCAUCAUCAUCGACAACAACAACAAGAUCCUUUCUCUCCCCUCUGAACACUGAGGAGGACUGCUCAUUUAAAGAAAGGAGGACAGAUGAAACCUUAGGCAGUGCAGCAGGAUUUGUAUUUAAUCCAAAUUAAAGAGCUCCAUCUGAGUUCAAUAUAUUCACUUACUCAUUUACACUUAUAUGGAUAUGAUUCAAAGGUGCUACAUUGUGGUAUUUUGGGUGUUUAUGACACGUCCGAGGUUUUAAAUGCUUUAUAAAUUCAGGCUCUGCAGCUUCUCAGUCUCAAAGCCCAUUACCCAUGUAGUGACCUGAGCGAGCCACUACGCCGACUCUGCUCAUCAUCAUAUCAUAAAGGUUAACAGCCUGUCUUCAAUGUAAAGAUAACAAGGCAUUAGUCAUUGUUAAAUUCUGUCUCAUACUCUCAGUGUGUCUUCAGUUUUAAAUCAUCAGUAAGAUCAGCCCGCCGUGCUUUUGUGCAGAAACGUACACUGAUCACUCCUGCUGCUCCGAGGAUAUACCUUUAAUCCGUGCAUCAGUAUAACUCACCUGUUUGUUUUUAGGGGUACAGCAGAUACUAGAGGGGAGUUAAAGUCGACAGCUCUGUUCAGGUAAAAAGGCCGAAACCUGCUGUGUACAUAACAACACCCCUGCCUGCAGAUGUUCCUGGCUCUUAAAGGGAUAUUCCGGCCAAAGGGUCAAACACACACUAACACCGAGUUAAACACCUCCCUCCAGAGAUGAAUGUUGCCGACUGCUUGCUUCUCUAGUUAUACCAACUUUAGUAACGACCGCAGGAUAGCAAUACACAGCAGUCUGGGGAGCCAUAAACAAACCUCAACUAAAACACCACUCUAUAGCCACAAAUAAUGCUCAGAACAGCGCCUAACUUCAUCAACAGUACAUAUAGGGUCCCAGCCACAGUACUAGCCAUCAAAAAUCUUUUUAAUUUAGCCUAAUUUCUUUAGCAAAGAGACCAAACACAACUCACCUACUCUCUUCCAGCAGCUGCUUGUUUGUAGCAAGACCUCAGGCCAGUCCAUUACGGACUACAGCGGAGUGAUGCAGCUCAAGGAAGAACAUUUAUGAUCAUUUCUUCAUGGAAAUACACUCAGACCGAGACACUAAGGCAAAAGAACUACUGCGUCUGCAGUGCAAAAUGAGUAAUAUGGUGAUUAUUACUUCAAGGAAAAAGACUAAAGACAUGAUCACUAAACUGAAGUACAACUAAAGUUGGUAUAACUAGAGAAGAAAGCGGUCGGAAACAUUCAUCUCUUGAGGGGGUGUCUAACUCUGUUACGACGUGUUUGAUCCCAAAUUAAUUUCACGCUGGAAAACCCCUUUAAAGGGAAUGAGAACAACCUCAGAUAACCAUCAGACUUUAUUUAACCUCUUUGCUUUGUGUGUUUAAUGAGCAGCACGUAGUCGGACUGUAGUUUGCUUAAGACUGCUUGUUUUACGAGAACAGCACCCUCUGGUGAUGGGCUGCAGUAUAGGUCAUAAAUCCCACCUCACCCAGCAAAGCUUAUGGAGUUGUGGACAAACUUUAGAAAUUAAUUACACAGAAUAUAAAUGUUUCUCUCUCCUGGUUGCAAUGUUGACAUGUAGUUGCUGUCAGACUGGUUUGUGCUCAAGUCCUCGUCUUUCUGUACAGCGCCGUUUUUAAAAGUUAUUAGGUGGUUCAUGUUUUCUAUGAUUGACACUUGUGCUGCGUUAGAGUUAUCUCGGAAGUCAAAAGUCAGAGCUGAAAAUGACAUCACACCCUAGUUCCCAGCGUUUAAGUUACGAAGUCAGAAAAAAGCAAAAUCGGAGGCCUGAAACAAGAUGGCUAAAUCUACGAAAGUUAUUUUUGCGCUUGCCUUGUCCGAAUAAAAUAUAAAUAAUAUAAAAAACUUUCUUUAAAAGAUCCAUUAGAAAAUAACUUUGUCCACAGGGGGCGCCAAACUCAACACAAACAGGAGCUUUAAAAAUGGCCAUAUUAGAAAUAGACUUUAUAAAUCAUUGACACAGUCUCGUUGACAUCUCCUAUUGGUUACUGAAGCCAAAUGAUGGUGGUUGUUAUGUUGGCCACGCUGAUCCAGCUUAGCUUUAAUCGGUCUGGACCAGCAGCAAAGAGGUGGAGCCAAGGUGGGCCACAAUGAGUCCACAUGCCUAUCAAGUGAACCAUGCCCCUUUAUGCAAACCUGAGCCCGACUUUUAACCUGUAACUCCUCGUCGAAGAAACUAGCUUUAGGGACCAAUAAGAUUUAAGCAUCCUUUUCCUGCAGAGGAGUUUAACGAGAGGCCGAAUCAGGAUUUAUCGGCUUCAAUUUUACAUUUUUGCACGUCCACUUUGGGUUUAGUUUUUCUUAUGCCUUGGUUUUUUCUCGAUGCUAGCUACCUCCCACUGUUUAGCAGGAGUAAUCGCUAAUGUCAGUGUCUGGAAAGAACACAGACAUAUAAUGAGUACUAGUGUUCGCUGUUUAUCGUUGAGAGAAGGAGGAAAGCUAGUUCCUUCUUUUUUAAACCUGUUUGACAGCAUCAAUCAGGGUCAAGCCCCAUUGUUGACAUUUCUGUUGAGUGUUUCUACGACUGAUUGUGCCAAACUUGAGUCUUUUCAUCUGUUUUCUGCCCUUUUCUUGUUUUUCUCCUUCGAACCAGAUGAAAAGAUGUUUCAGUGAGUGAGAACUUGUUUUUAGAGGAUAGGUUGUGUUUCUGUUUGAGCCUGUGUAGGUGAUAGCCGAGGGAUUACCUCUUUGUGCCCCCUGGACCUUUGCAUUCCUUUUUCUCUUACAGCUCUUCAGGCCCAACACACGGGGAAAAAUGCAUCAGUCAGUGUUUUCCUUUGACAGUAAAACGCUUACAGGCAGGCCAGAGGGGCCGGCGGCGUUUCUCGUCUAUGCGAUGACCUGCUGGCUUUGGCUCGGACCAACUGUGAUGACGAGAGGUUUUCUAUUGUGCGCUGAGCCUGGACGUUUGGCCUUUGCCAGAGUAUAAAAGCUUGGGUCGAGUGUCGAGGCGACCAGCACGAGCCAGCCUCCCUCACACGGCACAGCAAGCUAUACUAACGCAGGUAAGGAUACACAGACGCAGACACACACACCAGAGCAUUAAUAACAGUGUAGAGAGGGGACACAUUCAGAGCCAGUGCCCACCACCAAAGACCCCGGAGUAGCACAAAUAAGCCUCCUGUGUCAACAGAUUUAGUCCAAAUCCCCCCAAAAAACCACUCAUCUAAAAACACCCAUACCUCUGUUAUCCAUCACUCCCAUUUACACCUCUACUUCUCCUCCUCACCCAGACUCUCCUGAAGCCCCUCACCAUGUCUCAGACUGCCAAGUCCGCCUCCAGCCAGGGCACCGAUGCCAAGGACAAGGGAGCCCCUGCCCCAGCUGCCUCCAGCAAGGCCACCAAGACCGGGGAGCCCAGCCAGGGGACCUACAGAGUGAGUCACUGCGAAAAGCUGCUAUUCUGAAUCAGCUCUGUUUCUAUUUAAAGGGACAGUUCACCCAAAUUUGAAAGGAAAUAUAUCCAGUCAAGCCAUGCAGAUAGUUUUGGUUUCGCUUUAUCCACUUAAUUUAAUUAUAAUGACUCAGUGGAGUGGGGUUUUCAUAGGUCCUGGAAAGUUGUUCAAAAAUAGAUUUAUUUUUAUUCUAAAAGAGUAAAUCAGAAUGAUCUCUUAUUUUAAAAAAUGCUUAAACAUCCCAGUGAUACAGAAAAGGCAGUUAAAGUACAUUAUAUAACAGUCCGAUUAUUGUUAAUUCCACUAUUCUACUAUGCAAAAAGGAUUUCACAAAUCCAGCCGGCUGAGUGGGAACGAUUUUAACCACAGAAUUCAAAUCUGAAACAUUAAAACAGAUUGAAUAGAAACUGGAAAUAUUAUAGAGUUUUACGCCUACUGUUAAAAAGAUCAUCAAUAAAAAACAGUAAAUAACUUAAAUAGGAAAUAAAUCCACUGAAAAAAAUCCAGAUCUUUCUUUAAAUCAUCAUGAGGCUCUGAUCACCUGACGACUAUGGAAUAAACUGAGAGUAAACAACGAAGUGACCGAACGACGCAGAGGCAAAAACAGGAAAACACAGAUUUGGGGAUUUUUAAUAAAAUGUUAAAACAUUUGUAUUCAGCCGUUUAAAAAGGAACAAGUAUAAAAAAAGAUUAUUUUACUUCUAUAAUGUCUAAAACAUGAGUUUAAACAAUUAAAAAUACAGACAAGAACCUAAAACACAAGAGGACGAAGAGAACUAGAUACAAAGAAAAUGCAAUAAUAAUAAUAAUAAUAAUAAUAAUAAUAAUAAUAAUAAUAAUAAUUCACUGAGUGUCAGCACUGCUGUUUAUUUGGGCCUGACCGAUUUAUCGGCGAGCCGAUUAAAUCAGCCAAUUUUAGCCAGUUUGAGACUAAUCGGUAAUCGACCAAAACUUGCUGAUAUUUUCAGAAAUAAAUGCGGAGAAUAAGAUUUGGUUUCACUUCGAAAAUGUUCCACCAUUUGAAAAGAUCCCCCGACUUAUACUGUAGAUGACGCAGCGACCUCAUCUGAAGCAGGCAGCUCAGGGACGCACGAAGGACAGUGGUCCACCUCUGGUAAAUAAACCAGUUUGUGAAAUACACAAUAAAUCAACAAGUUUCAGUUCAACCCACUUCACGUUGUUCCCCGCUGUGCUGGUCUUGGUCACGCCGAGUUAAUGGUGAAGCACCAUGUAAUAUACAAGCCAAGGUUAGAGUUAGCCAUCUGCUAUCAGCCUUGCUACACUGUUACUUGUGCCAGUAACGGUAGAAUUAACAACAGUACACAUUACGUGAUCGAGCUACUUCUCUUACUGAGGCAGCUGCAUGUCUCCAGAUGAGACCAGAUAAUAAUAAAAAAAAAUUAAAAAGCGGCCGAUUAAUCAGUAAUCCGAUUUUUCCAUUCUAAUAAUCGGCAUCGGCCCCCAAAAAUCCAUGUUGGUUGGGCCCUACUCUUUAUACAUGUGUAUUUAUAGUCUUAUAGUUUUUUAUGUUCAUGUUUUCAGCAUUAAACACAAACCAAACUUUGAGGUCAUAAAAACACUGCUGCGCCUGGAUUCACUUUGACUGUUUGUUGGUUCUGCAAAUACAAACACCUUAAUGAUAAUAUUUCAGAGUUGGAAACUUAGUGAAUGUUGUUAAAAAUAUUUUUCUGAAGUAGAACUAGGAAAAAAUAGAAGUAAACUCUUUAUUUUUUUUCACAGCUGUAUUUUAUAUGAUCUUAUCAUGUGAUAACUUAAAGGUUUGUAUAAUAACAGCUGAUAUGACAUGUACUGGCUGAUAUAAAUGUCAGCAGACAGAAAAAUAAGGUAUUAAAGGUAUAUGGAUGCAGUGACAGUUUAUUUUUGCAUGUCUGUUUGAAAAAGAAUAAAUUUCUUGUAGCAUCAAAUGUGGUGUUGUUGUCUGUUUUCAUGGAACAUCACAGGUCACUUCUGAUUGUUCACUAAAAUGUUAAAAGGUGUUCAGAUAUCAGGAUUAAUGUCAAAAAUUGAUGUGUGUGUGUGUGCGACAAAAACACCAUCAGCGUGUUUGAUUUUGUUCUGGUGACGGCUGUAAAACACGUUUUGUGGAGGGGAACAUUUUGAUGGUUCAUGUUCUGGUUUUGUAAUUCUGGUGUAACCCAUAUGUGCAGAUCCUGCUGUUUGACCAGGAGAACUUCCAGGGCAGGAUGAUUGAGAUCCAGAAUGAGUGUAUGAACGUUAGUGACCGUGGCAUGGAGAAAGUGCGUAGUAUCAUCGUGGAGAGCGGCCCGUAAGUGGACACGAGUCUAGUCCAACCUCUCUGUUUUACCUGACUGAAGUUUGUACGUCAUUGUCUUUUCUCUUCUCUAAUUCUCCUCUCCAAUCCUCCCCCCGUGCCUCCCCCUGACCCCGGCGGCCCCCCUUUCUUCAGCUUUGUUGCCUUUGAGCAGAAUAACCUCCGUGGGGAGAUGUUCAUCCUGGAGAAGGGAGAGUAUCCUCGCUGGGAUACCUGGAGCAACUCCUACCGCAGUGACUGCCUCGUGUCUCUCAGGCCCAUCCGCAUGGUGCGUCCAACGGUACUGCAGUCAUAAUCAUGUAAAAGGGGGUGGGGGCAGGCAGAUGAGACUGAGAAAUACUAUCAGAGGAAUAAAAACUGAUGUAAGGAUCGGGGGAAAUGAGCGAGAAAUGGACAAAAUCUACAAAUCUUCUACAGGGGGUUAAAUGAAAACUUAUUUGAUACUAGAAGAGUUUCUUUUUUCUUUUAUGAGCUCAAGUCUGACAAAUUUUGAGGGAUUAACAGUGUAGAGAGCUCUACGUUCAUCAGGAUCUGCAAAAGAUUUCGUGACAUCCGUCCACUAGAUGUCAAAAUAUUCCUCACAUCCUGCAGCUGUUACAGUUACAGCAUGAGGACAAAAAAUAGUCUAAAAAAAGGCAAAAAAACAAACGUGGAGUAGAGUAAAAAACUGAUGCUUCAUUUCCCUGUGCUUUGUUUCCUCUCUGCAGGACAGCCUGGAGCACAAGAUCUGCCUGUAUGAGCUCUCUGACUUCAAGGGCAACAAGAUGGAGAUCCAGGAGGAUGAUGUGCCCACCCUCUGGGCGCACGGCUUCUGUGACAGAGUGGGCAGCGUGAGGGUGCCUGGAGGAGCGUGAGUACUCACAAAGAUGGACCAAGGCCUCGGUUUUAUAAUGUAGACGUAAAUGUAGGCCUCCAGAAUAACACCAUUAUAGAAAUUUAAAGGUCUCACCAGACUUAAAGCCGUACCUGAACUUUGACAGACCCUCACUGACCACCUGAAUGUCUUUAAAGAAACCAAGAACUUGUUGAAUGAUCUCUGAAUCUAGAUUUUUACAACAGACUCCUUAAACCCAGACUUUUAUAAAGGAACCCUAGAGUCUCUUCCAUGUCCGAUAUCAAUCAAUCAAUCAAUCAAUCAAUCAAUCAAUCAAACUUUAUUUUUAAAGCACUUUUCAUACAUGGAAUGCAGCAGAAAGUGCUGUCCAUUUGCGCAGGAUAUUAAAAAAACAAAGAAGUAAAAUAAAUACAAGUACAAAUACCAAACCCCACCCACCCUCCUAACCCCCAUUCAACACAUACAGUACUCACACACACUCACACACACACAGAUGCACACACAAAAGACCAGGUGAGGACUCUUCAACUUUCUACAGAUGACUGAGGAAACGCCAUCUUAAAUUAAAAAGCAUUCUCUCUUUUUCACACCCGCACUAAUCAGUUUACUGUAUAUAGAUAAUAUACAUAAUAAGAUAUUGUUUUUUUUUGUUGUGUAGCCUAUUCAUACCUGCAGUAACCAACACCAUGUACAUAUUAUUCAUUGCACAUAUACAUUUAGUAUAUUCAGUUCAUACCUGCACUGCCCAUAUGUACAUACCUUGCACUUUGCUGCCUUGCACCUCUGGUUAGAUGCUAAACUGCAUUUCGUUGUUCAUGUACUUGUACUGGGUUCAAUGACAAUUAAAUUGAAUCUAAUCUAAUCUAAUCUAAUCUAAUCUCAAAAGAUGGGGAAACACUGGAUCUGGGCCUAAAACAUUAAAACUAUGGUAAAAUAUAAUAAGUGUUUAAAGUUAAUUAAAAUAGAACAGUCUUCAAAUCAAACAAUAACAGUAAGUGAAUUAAAAAGAGGUAAUAAAACACAAAAUACUUACUCUAGGACUAAAAUAGGGUAAAAUCACAUAAUACAGAUUAAAAGGUUAAAACAAAAUUCAACUAAAAGCCAGACUAAAAAGGUAGGUCUUUAGUUUACUUUUAAAAAUAUAUGAACAGUAGGUGUCGCUCUCAGGUCUGCAGGUAGGCUGUUCCACAGAUGGGGCCGUAAUGUUGAAACGAUGAUCCACCGUAUGUUUUAGUUUUUACUUUGGGAACAAUUAAAAGACCUGAAGACCUGAGGGCUCUAAUAGGCUCAUACGAUAAAAACAAAUCAGACAAAUAAGAAGGACCAAGACCGUUUAAGGUGGGGUAUGCAGGUGUAGUUAACAUUUUAAAAUUUCAGAGCGCUCUGCCAUUCCACACCUCCCCCGACCUGAUUGGUUGUGAGGCAGACGCUGCUCCCCGUGUCGUUCAGGAGCCCAAACAAAGUUAGCGUGCUACAAUAUCAGACAGUAGAAACCAACCAGAAAGUUCGGAAAAUUGUCUGAAUUUGUGUUGACUGCCAACACAAGCAAGAAAACAAAGUAAAUACAGGAGACUCUGGCAGAAUAACGGGCGCUUAAAAAGGAGGAAGACCACCCGGACAAGAGCUAAAAAGCCGGGUCAAUAAUGAUGGGGGAUGCUUCGGGAUCUUGGUGACCCUGUAACCUUUCUGCUGGACAGGUAAACCGCUUUAACAAAGUAAGCCAAGUGUCUGUAACAGAAGUGUUUCUUGUCAAACAGGACCUGCUGUAGCGUGUUGUAGCGCCGCUUAACUGUUGACCUCCGGUCCUGGACUAUGUCACUUUAUCCUAGUUGUAGAAGUCCUGCAAACAUUGUGUUUGCUGGUAGUCUGUUGGCAUCUACAGUAGCACCAAUGCUUUUUACUUUCACACUGACUGGGCUCCAUUUGUAAUUAUCUGAAGUAUUUAUCUGCAUUAUAUCAGAGUUUAAUUGGAACGAUAAGAGCGAGCAGGAGCGUCUGUUUGUGGGCGGGGCUUGCUGGAACAGAGAGGGAGGGGAGAGGAGGAGCUGAGGGGAAAACUGGUUGCAAAGGGGUAGAUUUUACAUUCAAGAUUUCGCCCAAAAACUGGAACUUCCUCAGAUCCUGACUACCCCACCUUCAAGAACUUUAAAAACAAAUAACAGAACCUUAAAAUCAACUCUAAAAGACACAGGUAACCAAUGCAGAGAUUUUAAAAUUGGCGUGAUGUGAGCUCUCUUCCCGAUAGACUUUUAACUUCUCUCUUCUUCUUCUUCUUCUUGUGUUCCCAGGUUUGUGGGUUACCAGUACCCUGGAUACAGAGGCUACCAGUACCUGUUUGAGUGCGGUGAUUACAGACACUACAACGACUUCUCUGCCCUCCAGCCCCAGAUCCAGUCCAUUCGUCGUAUCAGGGACAUGCAGUUCCACCAGAGAGGAUGCUUCACCCUUACCUCCGCCAGCAAGUGAACCACACCUGCCGGGCGUCUGGUGCUGUAGCGCCCCCUGCAGCCCUGUCAACUUUUUAUCUUUCCAAAUGGCCCCCUCCUUUCUCCAACACUUUCCUAAAUCUUGACCAUCGGCGCUCCAUUCCAAGGGAAAGACACGACAACGAGAGCCAAACCUCAGCGGGACAACAUUAACUGACUUUUUAUGGUGCUUAAAAAAAUAAACAUGUUGUGAAAAACCUGAAACCCACCUGGCUGGAUUACCUUAUUUUUUUCUGGGGAAAGUCACUCUCAUGCACGGAUAAAAUUGAAGGA